GUGUACCGGCAGCUGUGCUUGAGUGCGAGGGAGGAGCCCGAGGAUUGCGUCCGCGCCCGCCUUUGACGCGCAGUCGAGUGCGAUAGCUCAGACCAGUUUUGCUGCAUCCGCACCGCACUGCUCGGCACAGUGAUGCACCGCACGCUCCAGCUCCUGGCCACGUUAGGCUCGGCAGCCGCGCUCGCACCGAUACGCCAUCGGAGAAGCACCGUCGUCAUGGGCGGCGCCGGCGACGUCAAGAAGUGGUUCGCGGACUCCGGCCGCGGCGACGCGAAGCCGAGCGGCGGCUCGUUGGGCGGCUCCGGCUGGGCCCAGACGGGCAAGUGGGUUACCAAUGAUGCGCAGUACUUCGUCAAGCAGACGAGCCAGUCCUAUAAAUCGAUGUUUGCUGGUGAAGCUGCCGGCCUGACGGCCAUGCGCCUGGCCAGUGAAUCAGGAGGCGAACCCGCUCUAAGGAUCCCCGAGGUCUUCCACGCGGCGGAUUUCGACGACGGGAAAGGUUCAUUUAUCGUCAUGGAGUUUUUGACCAUGGGCCGCGGCGGCGACGCCGAGACCUUCGGCCGGGCCAUGGCGCGCAUGCACCUCGCGACGCCCGACGACCCCGAAGCCGCUUCCGGUAAAUUCGGCUUCCCCGUCGAUAAUACGAUUGGGGCGACGCCCCAGCCGAACGGCUGGGACGACGACUGGAUAAAGUUCUGGUCGGAGCAGCGCAUGGGCCACCAGGUGAAUUUGGCGGGCGACGCGUCCAUAGACAGGCUGUGGCAACAACUAAAACCGCGAAUGCAUGAGUUCUUCGACGAGGAUGAAGACAUACAACCGUGCAUCCUGCACGGCGACCUGUGGUCGGGCAACAUCGGCACCGCCGCGGGCGCGCCGUCGGUCUUCGACCCGGCGUGCUACUACGGCCACCACGAGGCCGAGUGGGGCAUGUCCUGGUGCGCUUCUUUGGGAUCGGGCUUCUGGGCCGGCUACCGCGAACUGAUCCCCGAGGCGGCGAAAUUUCGAAUGCGGCGGCCGCUCUACGAGGCCUACCACCAGCUGAACCACUACAACCUCUUCGGCGGCGGCUACCGGAACGCGGCGUGCGGGUGCCUCGAGCAGUGCCUGGGGUCGCUGGACUAACGAUUGUC